CGGUACACGGGGAGAGUUCUAUGGCUUUUCCCCGGUUACUACCGCCCCAGAGCAAAAUGCCACCUUGUGGAGACAGCCGAACUCGGCUAUAAAUUUAAAUGUUCAUGAUUUUCAUAACUUUCAAAUUAAUGACACUACCCGACGGUUUGCUAAAUCCCCGCCGUCUGGGCCCGAACCUACCCUCAGACUACACAAUUCAAGACUCAAAUCACUAUCUACCCCCAUUGAGCCUACAUACGGCAAAUGUAGGUCAGGGGAAAGUUUCCCUGGUAAAGUGCUUCACAGUGUUGGUGAUUUCGAGAAGUUCCCUACGCUCUCCGAAUUGUCCACCAGUACGGCCAUAUCUCUCUCACGACCCCUUCUUAACGAAAGAGCGGGGUCAGGGCAAAACGACCUUCGCCCGAGCGAUACCCGACGACGCUGUCCCUAUGAAAAAGUUUCCUCCCUAUAUGGAUACUUAUUUUCGAGAAAACUUUAAAGGAAUUUGGGUCAAGAACUGCCGCAAAUAAUUAUUAAUAAUAGCAACUAUCUGGAGAAAUUAUCUAGUUCAGUUUGUAAUUUUCAAUCACUGUCGUGAAUAACAUGUUCUUCGAACUCUAUUGGCAGUAUUUUGUUGCUGGAUUAGUUUUGUACGUCGUUGGUAGAGGUGGAUAUGCAUUAUUCGUGAAAAAUCAGAAGAAAAAUCGACAAGGAUAUGAAAAGAAAAACGAAGAUAAUGAAUCUCCUUAUAAAAUGACGUUAUCGUCUUCAUCUUCAUCAUCCAACUCUGACGAGGAAGACGAAGAUCAAGACCUCUUACCAGCACUACCAAAAGAUUUGCAGCACAUUCCUUUAAAUUUUGAAAAGUUACCUGCCGAAGAAUCUUUGAAGAGAUCCGAAGAAUAUUAUGAGUUGAUGAAUAAAAGAAGAACAGUGCGUCAUUUUAGUAGCGACACGUUUCCAAUUGAGAUUAUACAUAAUAUUAUUAAAACAGCAGGUACAGCACCAAGUGGAGCUCAUACAGAACCUUGGACCUAUGUGGUAGUCAGUUGUCCGGAAACCAAGCAAAAAAUCAGAGAUAUAGUCGAAAACGAGGAAGAAAUCAAUUACAAAAAACGUAUGGGAAAAAUUUGGACCACAGAUUUAAAACCGCUGAAAACGAACUGGUUAAAAGAGUACCUUACCGAAGCACCAUAUUUGAUUUGCAUAUUUAAACAAUUGUACAGUGUAAAAGAAGAUGGAAAAAAGAAAAUGCACUAUUAUAAUGAGCAAAGCGUUAGUUUGGCUACGGGUAUUUUACUAGCUGCAAUACAAUAUGCUGGUCUAGUGUCUUUAACUUCAACCCCGCUAAAUUGUGGACCAGCUCUUCGAGUUCUUCUAGACAGACCUCAAUCCGAAAAAUUAACACUACUUAUUCCUGUUGGAUAUCCAAUUGAAGAUUGUCUCGUUCCAGAUUUAAAAAGAAAACCUUUAGAAGAGAUUUUGGUGCAAUUUAACUAAUAUUUAUAUAAUGUUGUAUUUAGAAUUUACAAUUCUACAACAAGGGUCUAGUUUAAAUUACUUACUACUAGUUUAAAUGUAUUCUAUACAUAGAAUAUAGACUCUUGUUAUAGAAUUGUUAAUUCUAAAAACAAAGUAAUAUUUAGAACAUUUCUUGUGUGUCGCGCAUACAAAAUAGCACAAUGUGUGUAAAUUUGAAACACCUUGUAUAAUAUAUAGGUGCCUAUAACAAAUAAAGCGAAAAAUAGUAUGUAAAUAAAACAGAUAAAAAUAAAACAGUG